UUUUCAAUCUUCAGUGUGCUGCUGAAUUAUAGUAAUGAUAGAAAAAAUAAUUUGAUAGAUCACUGGAACAAGUAACACUAUUUAUUUACCGCUGUUACUUCCAUCACUGAUAAUUAUCAAAAAGCAAAAUUUUUGUUUUCAUGUGAUGUUUUUCUCUUCCAGCUCCCAACAAGAGAAUAAUCAUGAUCCUCGGGAAAACUGGAUCUGGGAAAAGCAGUAUUGGAAACACUAUAUUUAAAGAAGAUAAGUUCACCGUCUGCCAUAAGUCCAUCUCAGCUUUAAGUCCAUGUCAAGCAAAAACUAAAUCACUCAAUGGUAGAGAAAUCACUCUGAUUGAUACUCCAGGCUUCUUUGAUACAAACAAACCUGAAGAAAAACUGAAGCCUGAAUUAGUGAAGUGUAUCACAGAGUGUUCACCUGGUCUGCAUGCUUUCCUCAUUUUACUAAAACUAGAAAGAUUUACAAAGCAGGAAAACGAUGUAAUUAAUCAAAUAACACAGUUCUUCUCUGAUGAAGUGUUCAAAUUUGCAACAGUUGUUUUUACUCAUGGUGAUGAUCUCCAAGAAGGGCUGGAAAUCAAAGAUUAUGUGAGAGAUAAUCAGUGUUUGACUGAUUUAGUAAAGAAAUGUGGUGGCCGCUGCCAUGUGAUAGAUAAUAAAUACUGGAAAAAUCCCUCAGAUGAUCCAUAUAGGAGCAACACCCACCAGGUAGAAGAGAUACUGAAAUCAGUUGAAGAGAUUGUGAAGGCAAACAAUGGAAACUGCUACACAAACGAGAUGCUGGAAAAAGUGGAGAAAAUGAUACAACAGAAAGAGGAGCUCAUUGCACUGUCCUCAGGAAACAUGUCAAAAGAAGAAAUCUGGCAGAAAGCUAAAGGCAUAGUGUGUGAUAUUUUAAAUAAAGCAGCAGGUAUUACAACAGGAGCACUUCUGGGAGCAUUUUUUGGUGUAGCUGUCGCUGUUGUAGCAGUUGUUGCGGUUAUAAAAAUAGUAGCUAACACAAUAAUGACAACAACAAAGAAAGCAGAGACGACAACUGGAAAAGCAUCUUGUGGAAUAUCUGGUCCAGAUAUUGAAACAAUAGCAGCAAGAGCAAUAACUGUAGCAGUUUGUGCACCUAAAGCUGCAACUGUUGGUGUUACAGCAGGAGCAAUGUGGAGUACAGUUGUUGCCGGAGCAGGGGUUGGUGCAUAUGAAGGAUAUCAGGCUGCUAAGGAAUCAGAAACACCAUGGGAAGCAAUGAACAAGACAGCAGAAGCCAUGUGUUCUACAGGAAAUGAUGCCAUAUAACAUCUUGAAGAGUUCAGCAAAGGAGAGGAAGAAGAAUAACUUUUCAAUAAGAACAAAUAACAUUAUUGUGUAGACUUUGGUCAAAUGUAAAUAUCUCAUAAAAUCCCAGAAUUCUAAAACAAUGAAAUGAAGAAAAGUAGUUCUCAAAAAUGUUUUCAUGUUUUUUUAAAGCUGCAGUGUUGUUUGAAACAACUUGCUGUCAUUUAUGAGUUUUUAUCCAACAACUGAAUUACUUAAAAAUUGUAACAAGACUUGUAGUUCUGUUCAUUAAAAUGUCUUCCAGAUGUUACCCAUCCUUUAUAUUACUUGAUCAUAAUACAUAUCAUGUGUGUCUCAAUAGCUGAAUAGAUGAUAAUUCUGAUAAUAUGUGACUUGAAAAUGAUCGUUUAAACAACCUAUUUAUAAAUCAUCUCCAUAUACUUAUAUUCCUUCAGCAGUAACAAUGACCAUCCAUCAGAUGAAGUCUGUUCAUAUAUUUACCAGAGAUUUAAUCAUUAAUGUUGCAAUGUAAACGCUGUAAUUGUGUUCAAAUUAAUAAUAAAAGAUCUGCUUUUGGUUCACACUGUCUUAUCUCUAAACAUACCAUAGAAAAGAAAAAGACAUUAUAAAUGCAUAUUUUACUGAGGCUGAGCUGUU